UGUUCUGUAGUGAGUUGUCUGUCCUGUCAGUGCUGCUGUCCUCCAGUGUGUCUCUGUUUGUCUCUGUGUUUCUCUGUGUGGACUGAAGGGAAGCGACCAUGGCACCUGCAAAGAAGAACAAGGUGUUUGUCAUCGGUGUGGGCAUGACAAAGUUUGAUAAGCCUGGAGCCCGAGGUGACUAUGAUUACCCUGACAUGGCCAAGGAAGCAGGUGAAAAGGCUCUAACAGAUGCAGGAGUCCCAUAUUCUGCCAUUGAACAAGCCUGUGUAGGAUAUGUCUACGGGGACUCCACAUGUGGGCAGAGGGCCAUUUACCACAGCCUGGGCCUGACUGGGAUCCCCAUUAUCAACGUCAACAACAACUGCUCCACAGGCUCCACCGCUCUCUUCAUGGCACGCCAGCUCAUUCAGGGAGGUCUUGCUGAUUGUGUGCUUGCCCUCGGGUUUGAGAGAAUGGAGAAGGGCUCUUUAUCUGCAAAGUUUAUGGACAGGACUAACCCAAUGGACAAACACAUGGAGGUGAUGAUCAAUCGCUACGGGAUGGUGGCAGCUCCAGCAGCACCACAGAUGUUCGGCAACGCUGGCAGGGAGCACAUGGAGAAAUAUGGCACAAAACCGGAACACUUUGCCAAAAUUGCCUGGAAAAACCACAAGCAUUCCACCAACAACCCAUAUUCCCAGUUCCAGGAUGAGUACAGUUUGGAGCAGGUGAUGAACUCCAGGAAGGUUUUUGAAUACCUCACUCUCCUGCAGUGUUGCCCGACAUCAGAUGGUGCUGGAGCAGCAGUUUUGGCCAGCGAGGCCUUCGUCAGGAAACACCAUCUGGAGAACCAGGCGGUGGAGAUUGUGGCCCAAGAGAUGGUGACUGACCUCGCUUCCACGUUUGAAGAAAACAGCUGCAUUAAGAUGGUGGGAUAUGACAUGUCUCGAACGGCUGCCCAAAAGUGUUAUGAAGCGGCAGGUCUGAAGCCGAGUGACGUCGAUGUGGUCGAACUGCACGACUGCUUUUCAGCCAAUGAGCUCAUCACGUAUGAGGCUCUGGGACUGUGUCCAGAGGGUAAAGCAGGUGAGCUGAUUGACAGAGGGGACAACACAUAUGGAGGCAAGUUUGUGAUCAACCCCAGUGGCGGUCUCAUCUCUAAAGGACAUCCUCUGGGCGCCACAGGUCUGGCCCAGUGUGCAGAGCUCUGCUGGCAGCUCCGAGGGCAGGCUGGCAAGAGGCAGGUCCCCGGGGCAAAAGUGGCUCUGCAGCACAACAUUGGCUUGGGAGGAGCUGUGGUCGUCAGCCUCUACAGGCUGGGAUUCCCUCAGGAGGCCAGUUCCCACAUAGGUGCAGCUCCCACCAGCUCAGCCAGCAGUCUGGAGGGUUUCAAAGCUUACCCUGUCUUCAAAGAGAUGGAAAAACGUCUACAGGAGGAAGGAGAGCAGCUUGUCAAGAAAAUUGGUGGAGUGUUUGCCUUUAAAGUGAAGGACGGUCCAGGUGGGAAAGAGGCAACUUGGGUCGUGGAUGUGAAAAACGGCAAAGGUUCUAUCACCAAUGACCCAGGCAAAAAGGCCGACUGCACUUUUGCAACGAGUGACGAGGAUCUUCUGGAUCUGAUGACAGGAAAACUGAACCCACAAACCGCGUUCUUCAAAGGAAAACUGAAGAUCACUGGGAACAUGGGCAUGGCCAUGAAGCUGCAGAACCUCCAGAUGACACCGGGCAAGGCCAAGCUGUGAGACUCUGAGCCAGUUCUUUGUCACACUUCACUGGAAAAUGUGUUAGAAAACUAUUAAUUUUGCUAAUCAACAAGCUCAUGGAACACUUUUCAUAAAGUGUUUGAUAUGCUGCUGCUUUGAUAUCAGAGCGCACUCACUUGCAGAGUACACACAGAAUAUUUUAACAUCCCGUAAUAUGUUGUUUAAUCUUGUUGACUCAUCAUCUUUAAGGUUGUCAGAUGCUUUCUCGUGUGCAACAUCAGUGCAAUUUUCAAAAAUACACAAACACUUAAUGUGCCUCUAAUUUCUGUCUAGGAAAUUAAGCUUUUGGUUAAAAGCCAAUUUUGGCAUCAACCAUUUUGAUAGAUCAUUUUGUAUAAUAUAUACCUCUGUAAAUGAUAGCAAUUAUCUAAUUUUUCAAAAAAUAAAUCCUUUACUGACCAUGA